CCUUUCUUCCCCACUCUGUAUCAGUCUAUGUUUUCAUAGCUGCUCUGUUUGGACACUGAGAAAACCUGACCAUUGAAUUAAGUCUCAGCACUCAAACACACAUACAUCUCUAUCUUCUCUGCAAGCUAAAUUGAGUGCUCGCCAACUGCAUCCAUAACUGCCCCUCUCUUUCUCUCUCUUCAGCUACACACUCUCUCUCUCUCUAUACUUCUCAGUCCUCUCUGAUCUAUAUCUAUCUGUACUCAGCCUAUCGUUUUCAAUCUUAUGUCAUUUCAGACUAGUCUCGGGUUUGUCGCCCCGUCGAUCUCCGAUCGAGUGCUCUGUUUCUCAUCUGAGAUUCGAUUCGAUCUCUCUCGAGCUCGAAAAUGUCAGCAUUUGGAGCCACAUUCAGUGCGAUGAGAUUGAUCUGUUGGUUCUUCGAUUGAAUUGUUUGAUUGUUUGAUUGAUUUGUGUGUGUUGUUAAGAUGAAUCCAUUGUGCUGCAUUGCUCCGGUUUCGAUCGAGGAUCGGAACAGUCCGGCGGUGGUGAAGCCAUAGGUACAAGUUCAGCAGUGUCAGCUAGGGUUUGAGAGUUCAGUGAAGAAUGUGAAUUUUGCUUCUAAACCGAGCUUUACUGAUUUGGAUAGGUUGAGUUCGGCUGUGAAUAAUCACGAGGUUGAGGACGUUGUGGUUGAGUCGAGAGAUUCCAAGGGGUUUUGCGGCAAUGCGGCUGGGAUUUUGUAUAAGUGGGUGAACUAUGGGAAAGGUUGGAGGUCGAGGUGGUUUGUGCUUGAAGAUGGAGUGCUUUCGUACUAUAAGGUUCAUGGACCGGACAAGAUUGUGAUGAGUCCUCGGAGAGAGAAGGGUGUGAAGGUGAUUGGAGACGAGUCUUCGAGGUAUAUGAAAAAGUCUAAUUCCAACAGUAAUCGACUCGGUGGUUCUGCAAAGCAGUGGAAACCCUUUGGAGAGAUACAUUUGAAGGUUUCUUCAAUUCGGGCAAGCAAGUCAGAUGACAAAAGGUUGUACAUAUUCACGGGGACAAAAACUCUUCACCUGCGUUGUCUAUCUAGAGAGGAUAGAGCUGCAUGGAUUGAGGCUUUGCUAGCCGCUAAAGAUCAAUUCCCUAGGGUUUUGACAAGCAGUGAUUUUGCACCUUCUGAAGACAUUGUAGUUUCAACUGAGAAGCUACGAUUGCGAUUAUUGCAAGAAGGUACCAGUGAAGUGAUCAUAAAAGACUGUGAGUCUAUCAUGCUAUAUGAACUCUCUGAGCUGCAAAAUCGGUUGAAAUCUCUUCAACUUAAACAUGUUAUGCUGCUGGACACAUUAAGACAGUUAGAGACAGAGAAAAUUGAACUGGAAACAACUGUAGUGGAUGAAACAAAGGAACGCAAGUCAUUUUGCGUGGAAGGGAAUAGAAGAUACAGCGAUUUCUAUUCCAUCAUGUCAGAGGGCAGUGCAAGUGAUUCUGAUGCAGAAAAUGAAAGUCGAGAUGGAGUAGAUAUUGAAACAGAUGAUGAGGAUGGAAUAUAUUUUGAUACAAAUGAAUUUUUAUCUUCAGAUCUUCUUAGAAGUGCUUCCCACCGGAGUAGAGAGAACAUGGGAAAUGCUUGUUCUUUGAUAUAUGAUAAAGAGCUAUUCUAUUCUGAUCGGUUGCGGGAUCUUAGAAUGGAGAUUAAGCCUAUUGAAUAUCCAUAUAUUAAAAGAAGGGAUAGUCUUCCUGAACCAAAGGAGAGAGAUAGGCCAGUUGGAUUAUGGUCAAUAAUCAAGGACAAUAUUGGAAAGGAUCUGUCUGGUGUUUGCCUCCCUGUUUACUUUAAUGAGCCACUAUCUUCGUUGCAGAAAUGCUUUGAAGAUUUGGAGUACUCUUAUUUGGUUGACCGGGCAUUGGAAUGGGGAAAGCAGGGGAAAGAUUUGAUGAGAAUUUUAAGCAUUGCAGCUUUUGCUGUAUCUGGUUAUGCAUCAACAGAAGGUCGCCAGUGCAAACCCUUCAAUCCUCUCCUUGGGGAGACUUAUGAGGCUGAUUAUCCAGAUAAGGGUUUACGCUUCUUCUCUGAGAAGGUGAGUCACCACCCGAUGAUUGUUGCUUGUCACUGUGAGGGCAGAGGCUGGAAAUUCUGGGCAGAUUCUAAUCUCAAAGGCAAGUUCUGGGGACGUUCUAUUCAGCUUGAUCCUGUGGGAGUCCUCACCUUGCAAUUUGAAGAUGGUGAAACAUUUCAGUGGAGCAAGGUCACUACUUCCAUAUACAAUAUCAUACUUGGUAAAAUUUACUGUGAUCACUAUGGUACCAUGCGCAUCAAGGGCAGUGGCAACUACUCUUGCAAGCUUAAAUUCAAGGAGCAGUCUAUCAUAGACCGAAACCCGCAUCAGGUUCAUGGAUUUGUGCACGAUAAUAGAACUGGGGAGAAGGUAGCGAUGUUGGUGGGAAAGUGGGAUGAGGCAAUGUACUAUGUGCUAGGAGAUCCAACCACAAAGCCAAAGGGUUAUGAUCCAAUGACAGAAGCUGUGUUACUGUGGGAAAGAGAUAAAUUUGUUACAAAGACAAGAUACAACCUGACCCCCUUUGCAAUGUCCUUAAACGAAUUGACACCUGGGUUACUGGAGAAGUUGCCGCCGACUGACUCAAGGCUGAGGCCAGAUCAGCGGCAUUUAGAGAACGGGGAAUAUGAAUUGGCAAAUGUGGAGAAGCUCAGACUUGAACAGUUACAGAGACAGGCAAGGAAGUUGCAGGAAAGAGGGUGGCAGCCAAGAUGGUUCCAGAAGGACAAAGAGGAGGAUGGUGGUGGUUACAGGUACAUUGGUGGAUACUGGGAAGCUAGAGUGAGUCGGAACUGGGGAGGAAUUCCUGAUGUAUUUGGGCAGAAUACCGACUCGCCACCUCCUUGUAUAAUACAAGAGUAAGCUGUCUGUACAUCUGCAGAUUUGCUCUAGUUUUUUUUCCUUUUUUCAGUAUUAUUUUUGUUGUACUUAAUUCUAGGCUCUAUGGAAGGCUGUUUUGACCUGCGACAACGUCUAGCUCUACUCGGGUGCUUCGGUCUUUUGGUAGGCAUUAUAAGCAUAUAUAAGCUGAUUAGUUCUGUAGUACGAGUUGCGGGGUAGGAACUGAUAUUGAAAUGUCAAUUUUCUCCUUGUUUGGGUGGGUAAGAAAUGGAAAGAAUGUGAUUUUUAAUUCAAUGCUUACGACGGAAUGAGAUUACAGCUAUCCAUUUUCC